CAAAUUCAUCGGUUCUUUGUAUUCCACUGAUUUUUUUCUUCGAAAUGAUUUUCAACUCGUAACAAUUUUUCAUGCAUUCAACUCACUCAUGACUAUGGAAAUGAGAAUAUCGGGUGAAACAUUCAUUUUGGAGUUCCAAGAACGAAUUACAAAGAGAUAAUUCAGACUCAAAAAUCGAGAAAGAUCGGUCAAUGGGCGGUCGAGGUGGUGGACCCAGAGGGCCUCAACUCUUGUACACACCAGGUAGUGGCCCCUUAAAAAAAACUGGACGUCAAUGCGAUGAUUAUGCAAACGAUCCAUUAUCGCACCACGAGGAGAGGAGAAAACCGAACUCCGUCCAGGAUCGACUCAAAGUCGCACAAUAUAACAACACAAAUCAUAGCCAGAAGUCUCAGGAUAAUCUCGCCGACGAGAUGAAUGACAUCCACAUAAACUACAAACAAAACAACGACCAGGGGAAGGGGAAUCACUUUGUAUAUUCCCGUAAAAGGAAUAAAAAACCAGAGCAGCAGUUGUACGUACCGAAAAAAGUGCAAGAGGCAUUGGCCGAACGAGACGUAACGAAUAGAUCACCAGUGCAGCAAAACUGGGAGCGUCCCCGUGACCGAGAGGACUGGGACACCCAGUCAUCGCGCUCUCACCGUUCAUCUCGUUCAAGUAGACCAUCAGAUCCUCGCCCCUCGGAUCAUCCACAAAAACGAUUUCCCCUGCGUCGUAACCGCAAUCCGAGCGAAACGGACGACUCCUGGCGUCCAGAAUCUCCCCGACCCUAUCAAAACCACCAAAACCAUCAUCGAAACAUGCGCCAGGGCUCAGAGCCCCCUUCAUCACCUCAACCCUCCCAAAACCACCAGAUCCAGCACGAUCCCCCAAGAAUCCGUGACACAAGAAGUGUCGAACCGUCGUACGACAAAUUUCCACGCAAGCCACCCCUGGGUCGUCGUCACUUGUCAAAAGUCAAGUUCUCAAGACUCGAAUGCCUUCCCCCUCGACUGCAACGUAAACAUCUAGCUGAAAAUGGAAUCGAUUUGCCACCACCAAACCCCGAAAAUUAUCCACAAAUCCACCAUCAGACCUAUUCCCAGUCUCAUUAUCCCUCAAAUUCUCCCACAGCUCCUCCACCCCCUCAGCAAUGGUCCAACACAAUUCCCAUUCGUUCGAGAGGUCGUGGACGUCUUCGUCAAGACGAUCUCGAAUCCCAGAAUCAUCGACCAACCACUCCAGAUCAAUAUUCAGCUCCAAGUUCCCGUUCCCACACACCUAGCCAGGAAUUAAUGACAAGAUCUUACGAGCGACGAGGAAGCAACAGCACCAUGUACACGAGCAUGGAGUCCCUCUCGAGAAUGGAUUUGGGACCUCCAUCCAACAGUAGUGAUAAUUACAGAAGAGCACCCUCACCGGUGGUAACAAAAUCCAACAAUAAUUUCGACCGACAGAAUUCAGAGAGAGACACCCAAAAUUCCACAGGAAAUCCCAAUGAAGCGUUCCAUUCGCUUCCGGACACACCUACGGGGACGCUUGAUUGGUCUGAGGAAGUGGAAUUGUCGGAGAGACUCGAGAAUGAGCGGCUGAGUCGAAGCUCUUCGAUAUCCAGCUUCAGAGAGACUGCCAGUGUCUCGGGUCACAGCUCCAAUGCAACAAUCAGCAGAAAUCGUUCACAGAAGAAAAAACGACGUGAACGGAGGAGAAGUCGAGGUGAUCGGAGCAACAGUCGAGACAAGACACGAGGUAACAGUCACGAGAGAGUGAAGAAUCAGCAGAAUGAGAACGAUAAUUACAAUAAUAAUCAAAACAGUGGAGCCAGGAGGUACGACAGGAGAAUUGGAAAUCGAAAUAUAAUGAAUCGGAGUAGAGAGAGCAGUAAGGAUCGGGGAUUUACUAGAAUAAGAAAUGAAAAUACUGAGGCUAAUUGGAGAACUGGGAAGAGAAUAUCGAUUUGUGAAUCGGAUGAUGGAAAACGAGCGCCAUUAAAUACUAAUAUUAACACUGGGAGAGGAAAUUCACCGGUGAGAAUCGAGGGAUCGACACCAGGAGUUUUGGUUCUUCCAGAGCAAAUGGUGUCGCCACCAGUUGUGUCAAAUAGAAUUGAUAACAGACAGCCAGGCUUGGGGAACAGAAGAACUCUAUUCGAUCCUAAUAAUCCAAAUAAACCUAUUGAAAUUGUACCAUCACCGGGAUCUCGAGCCUCUGGUAGUGAUUCGUCGGGACAAUUUCCAGGACAAUACGUUCCCUCCAAUUUUCAACAAAGCCUUCAAGUAGAUGGCGCUCCACCCACAUACAUCGCUGAUCAAUUGUCGAAUUCCAUGCCUUCUUGGUAUGAUCCUUCUUCGGAGAGUCUCAGAUCAGCGAAGAAUCCUUGUUUGUUGCUCGGAAUUGAGACGAUGGAUCGAGAACUCCAUCGGCUUUUGACUUCUGGUGGAAUCACGACAAAUUGGGAUAGAGUGGCUUUCCUCAGGCAUUCGUUGCAGCAGAGUCUUCAGACGCUUUUAGAAACUGAUAUGAAGUUCUGUCAGGCUGAGAACGUAGAGCAGCACUUCUGGAAAAUUUUGUUUUACAAUAUCAUUGAGAUGUUGCGGAAAAUUGUGCCGAAGGAGGGGCCUGCUGGCAAGGAAUUGUGCAAGAGGAUCAUGCUGAAGAUUAUUGAUGAUGGAACAGGUUAUUUUGAGAACUUAUUGACUGUUUUGGAGACGAAUUAUAAAUUCAAACUGGAGGCUUUCCUUUCCUCCUCGGUGACGCCUAAGGGCCUGGGAUUUGUCGGAUUAGCUUUGAUCAGUGCUCAGAAGAUUUUUCUAUUCUUGGGGGAUUUGGCGAGGUACAAGGAGCAGGCCAAUGAAACCACCAAUUAUGGAAAGUCCAGGCAGUGGUACUUGAAGGCCCAACAGAUCAAUCCCAAGAAUGGCAGGCCUUAUAAUCAAUUGGCGUUGCUGGCGCAUUAUGCGCGAAGAAAACUCGAUGCUGUCUAUUAUUACAUGCGUUCGUUGAUGGCAUCAAAUCCCCUCCAUUCGGCCCGGGAAAGUCUCAUUGCGUUGUUCGAUGAAAAUCGAAAAAAGUAUCUGCAUUAUUAUGAGUCUACGGAGCGGAAACGUAAGGAAGAGCGUGAAUGGAAGGAACGUGCUCGCAUGAAAGAGAAAGAGGGUGCAAAUAAUUUGAGUGGUGGGUUGAGACGAGAGACGUGGAUUCAUCCUGGUGGUAGACGAAUGAGGAGGACAACAUCAGCUGCUAGCACUGCUGAGGCCAAAUUGGCGCAUAGUGAUUUGGAGGAACUGGCGCAGUUGAGCAGCGUUGAGGUGAACAAGCGGUUUGUGACAUCGUAUCUCCACGUUCAUGGCAAGCUGAUCACAAAAAUCGGGAUGGAGACAUUUCAGGAGGCGGGAAUUCAGAUGCUGAGAGAAUUCAGAGCCCUAUUACAGCAUUCACCAUUACCCCUUCCGGGUACCAGGUUACUUCAACUAUUAGCGCUGAACAUGUUUGCUAUUGAGACAACUCAGCUGAAGGAUUCACAAAUGGAGCAGGGGUACAGAUCGGAAGUGCAAGAGCGUGCCUUGGUGGUAUCACUUCAGAUGUUUAAUUUGAUACUGGAGCGCGGUGUUAGUCUUUUGAAGGAACAACUGGAGAACCAAGUGCAACCAAGACUGGUCGUCGGCGAUGACAUGCAGGUUCUUCUUCCAGCAAUCAAGAUUUGGUGCGACUGGAUGCUUUGUCAUAGUUCAGUGUGGAAUCCACCACCUUCCUGUACGGAUUAUCGUGUGGGAUCGCCUGGAGAUGCAUGGAGUAGAUUAGCUGUGAUGGUCAAUCUUCUGGAGAAGUUACCCUAUCCCCGGAAUAUUGUUAUUCAGUCUCGAGAUGCUACUGGCAGAGAGAAUGAACUCAAUUUAGUGAAACUACCAGAGGAUUCCACGUUAUCUGGUUUCACACCUCUCAUGUCCAAUCCACAAGAGCCUUUUUACGCUUUAAAAUCAGAGGACAUGGAAGUUGUUCAGGUUUGCCUGAGGAUACACAAAAUCCUGUUCUUCGGCCAGGGAUUCUUAUGCGGUCUUGAAACACCAGUGCUGAAGCUUCAGAAGAGUGAAACUGGAAUGAGUGAAUAUGUAUCUUUAGUCGAGACUUCCAGCGCGAGUGCACCAAGUUCACCUCCAGAACAGAGUGAUUCAGAAAUUCUUGUGGACAGCUACAGCGAGGAUGACGACGGCGAUCCAGAAUCCUCAUCAGACCGUGUCUCAUCAGUUCCAAAGGACCUGACGUCACCACCAGAGAUAAGGUCGUUGAUCGAGCGGAAGGAAGAGUUGGAGAGACGUCAGAGAAAGCAGGAGCGCCAUCGACAACGGGUGCAGGCAAUUCUGCUGAAGUCGUCGGUAUCCGUGGAAAUUGAAGUGCGACCUAGACAACUUGUUCCAGACACUAAUUGUUUUAUUGAUUAUUUAUCGCAACUGCAGAGUAUUACUAGAGCUACAUCAGGAGCGCAACCAUUGUUUACACUUAUGAUACCACUCGUUGUUCUGAAUGAGCUUGAGGGAUUAGCGAGAGGGGCAGAUCCCAGGGAUUGCACACCGAAUUCACGGGCGAUGCUAAAUCCAGAGCACGUAGCUAGGGUGGCGGAGUCUGCUAAAGCUGCAUUAUCAUUUGCAAGGAGUAGAAAUCCAGCGAUAAGAUGUCUCACGACUAGAGGAACUGUUUUGUCAUCAAGUACUUUCACUGUUGAGGAGGAUAACAGUUUCGAUGGAUUGACGAGGAAUGAUGACAGAAUAUUGGCGACAUGCUUGAGUCUCUGCAAGAGUAAUAACAAGGAUCAACCACUUGCUGAAGAGGGACAACCAAGACGCCUAAGACGAGAAGUGGUGCUCCUCACCGAAGAUAGAAAUCUCCGAGUAAAAGCAUUAUCUAGAGAUGUGCCCGUACGAGAAGUCCCCGAUUUCAUACAAUGGGCGGGUCUAGGCUGAAUAUUCAAUAUAUUUUUCACGUGAUUCCACUUAAUUUACAUGAAACAUUGCUCCAAUUGUGACGAUAAGAAUCAAUGGAUAAUCAAAUGAUUUCCAUUCUGACGUUGGAAACGUCGAAUUCAUUCUAGGGACAAGUGACCAUUAUCGGUCAGGUCAGGUUUAUCCUUCUUGAUCGAAGGGUAUUGAUAAUAUUGAUACAAUCCGUAAUACCUAGGACCUAUUCCUCUCACAUACUGUAGAAAUUCAUUAGCCAACCUAGAGAAUGCCGAUAGUUUCUCUUAAAACUCAUAGUUUUAUCAGAUCUUACCUAUUUUUCAUUGCAUCAUAGAUUUUAAUUAUUCGAAUUCAUUGGAAUUUGCCGGACAGUUGUAAAUUAUCCUUUAUAUCGAAAUUGUUGCGGCAAUUUUUGGUUAAUUGAUGGAUCAUUUAUUGGGUCUAUUGAAUGAGAUAUCAUAUUCAUUACAGAUUUAAUAGUGAUCUACCUGGAUGUUGACGUUGUUUUCUAAUUGCGAUUAGAGCAAACGAGAGCAGAUUGCAAACUUCAGUCAAAUGAUGUUAUUAAUAAUAACAGAUUGUAAAAAAUGAAUUGACUUGUGUUAACGAUUAACUGACGAUAUCAAUCGGAUGAUUAGAUGAUUAACAGUAACAAUCAAGAUAAAAGUAAAUUUUACAUCGUUUUUAGGGUAACAGGACUUUUAGAUGAAUCAUGAAUGUUAGGUGAAUGGAUGUUAACGUCAAUGAAAUUUCAUUAAGUGAUAAUGGAUAUUAAUGCUUACGAUUAAUCAUUACACUUUGUAUUUUUAUUACCUCUGAGCUGCUGGCCGCGAAGUAUAAUGCACUGUCAGAGUAAUUGAGUGUUUUAAUGAUUAUUAAAAAGAAUUAGAGUACGAAAAUUAAUGAAUCAUGUGAACUGUGGAAAAAUGGAGGAAUGGGAAUCGAAGGUUUUGUGUGAAUGUAUGUGAAAAUAUUUCGACGGUGCGAGAAAUAAUUCGCAGAUACUUCGACGCAUCAGGAGAAAUAAAUAUUAAGAUUAAUUCGUAAAAAAAUUACAAAUCAAUUUUGCAUUCGUCGGUGCUUUUCAAUAUUGACUUUCACCAAUUUGAAUAGAAAUCGGGAAAACGGUGCAGUCGUUCAGAGCUACUGGACAACAGUUUGAAUCAACGGAUACAUAUUUUUUGAUAAAUUAAUUAUUUAACUGUAAACCUUGAGUAAGAACGGAGGCAUGUGGACAUGUGAAAAUAUCAAUGAUGCGAGAAGAAGGAAAAGCGGAGAAAAUACUGAAGAAGAAAGAAUGUGACUCUUUUAUCGUCCAGUGGAAUUUUUGUAAUUAAAUGUGCGGAAAGAAUGCAGACGAGGAAAAUGCGGAUAAUAGACUGACUGCCAUCGAAAUUAAUUCAGGUGAGAUGAAUUGAAAGAAUUUUUUCUGUCAAUUUUUCAAUAUUUUUUUUUUUGGUCUCCCUUACCUCAGUUUUAUUCACUAUUUCAGAGGUACAACUUCAUCAUUACUUGACUCAUGCUUUAAUUACUUCUUAACUAUUAGACUUAUUUUAUAAAGAGUGAGGAAUUGAGUGAAACAAUCAAGGGAAUGAUUUCUUAGUCACAUUACUUGAAUUAUUUGUCACGUGCAAUUAUUAUCAAAUAGUAUUGCUAUACUUCCCUGGAAUGUUAUUACCACCGAUAGUAGAAUUCCUGCAUCUCACUCGUCUUCUCUUAUCAUUCAUAAAAAAAUGCUUAGCAAAUAAAGAAUAAAUUCAAUUAUUGAAUGAAACUAGACUUAAAGGCGCAAGAAAAUACCAAUCAUUACCCCUAUUUUGGUUCUUAUCUCAGGUACCAGAAAAUUGUUAAUCUUAUCACGUUAACUUAAUAGAAAUCUCCAUUAAAAAAAUUUAUUGAUCUAUUGUAACUCGUAAUAAUGAAUAAAAAGAGAGU